AUGGAGCCUCCGCAGCACACGGUUGACAUGCUGCGAGUGUAUAUGCCUUCGGGAGAGAUGCUGGUAGCUGUGCCUGUGGAAGAGCUGAGCACGGUGAAGGCCUUAAAGCAAAAAGUGCAGAGCAUUGGUGGCCUGCCACGAUUUCGACAAAGGCUGCUUCACGGCGGCACGGUGUUGAAGGAUGAUUUCAGGUUGGAAAGCCCUCUUGACCUGCAGCUGGUAGUCCUGAAUUACGUCGCUGCUUCAGAUGCACAGGGCAAUGAGCUUGUGGGAGCCUGCGCUUCGGGUACGGAGGCAGGGGUUGAGGCGAUACUUGACAGACCACAGGACCCAAACCGCCUUUCUGGAUUUGGCCCUUUAUUAGUGGGACCUCUUCAGUUGGCUUCUAUGAUGGGGCGAGUUGAUAACAUGCGCCUGCUUCUGGAAGCCCGGGCGGAACUUGAUGGCGUUUCUGACAGCCCUUUUUAUUCUCCACGAGUUACUGCUUUGUCUGGCGCGGCUGAGCAGGGACGUGUUGAUGCCGUACGCCUGCUCCUCGCGGCCAGAGCAGAUGCAGAAAUCCGAAGCUGUGGUCAUGGCCGGACUGCACUUUGGUUAGCCUCCUACACGGGACGGUCGAGAGUCGUGCGUCUGCUCUUGGAGGCUGGAGCUGAGAAGGAAGCGGCCGACAAUGUUGGCAUGACCCCACUCGGGGCAGCGUGCUCUAUGGGAAGAUUCAGAGUUGUGCGUUCACUGCUGGCGGCAAGUGCCAGCGUAUCUGCGCGCGACCGGGAUGCCGUUCUCAAGGCUCAUGUGCGGGGGCGAUUGCAAAUCCUAAGGUUGCUGUCAAAGCACAGGUGGUCGCGGACAAGGUUCACAAGAGACCCAGCGCGGCAAGAUGCCGUAGUCCAUGAAAGGCGGCUGCAGCUGCUGGAGGAUGGAAGCAUUUAG